GCCAACGCUGCCGCAAACGCCAGCGAGUGCCCCACAGGUGUUAUCGCCCAAGCGACAGUGCGCCACCGCCGUUUCGGUCAUACCCGCCGCCCAACUGACACCACAAGUCCAGUACGCCGCCACACCAGCCGCCGCAGUCGCUCUCAAGGCCGGUCAUCAAUUAACCUUUAAUCCCGCCGCUGCCGCCGCUGCUGCCCAAUACGCCGCCACUGCCGCCGUCAAUACACAUCAACACCACCAACACCACCACCACACACAGGUCGCUGCCGCAGCUGCAGCUGCCGCCGCCGCAGCACAGCAACAACGCAUCGCUGUCGCCGCCCAACAUUAUAAUUCCUCGGCUGCUGCAUUGUUAAAUCAGCAUUUGCAUUCGGUUGCAGCUGCAUCGCAUUCAUUGUCACCGGCCGCAGCGGCUGCCGUGGCUGCUGCCGCCGCACAUCAGCAGCACGUUGUUUUACAGCAACAGGCGCAACAGCAACAACAACAGCAUCAUCAUCAUCACACACAGCAUUCGCUGAGUCAGCAGCACGUUUAUCAGCAGCAACAGCAACAGCAACAACAACAGCAGUCAUUGCGUCAGCAAUUGCAGGCACAACAGCAACAGCAACAACAGCAUUUGAUCAUCAGUAGUGCCAGUACAGUUAGCAGCACAUCCAACAGCGGCACAUCGCUAACCGCAACAGCGCCAACAGCAAAUACAACAACUACAACAGCAACAUCAGUUACAAACGCCAGUGUCGGCGCUCAAACAGCCACAGCUGUUGCUGCCCUAGCAGCCAAUUCGGUCAACGAAACUUCGUCACAUUCGAACACAUCCUCUGCAUCGACUACACCGUCACCGGCGGCAGCGACAGCAGCACUUAAUACGCACGACAACAAUAACAAUACCAGUGUGUUGAGCAGCAGUCCAAUUAGUAAUAGUAGCAACAGCAACAACAACAACAACAGCAACACAAUCAUUACCAACAGCUCGACAAUGGAAAAUCAAAUGGCUCUAGCACCAUUGGGAUUAUCGCAAAGCAUGGACUCAGUGAAUACGGCCAGCAAUGAAGAAGAG